CUGAGUACGUGUUAAGGCUGUUAAGGAGUCGAGCUAUUUUGCCGGUAUAAUAAUAUUUUCAUUUUUUGUCUUUGUUUAUUUUUUAUUUCAGUUGGUCAAUUAUCUCUUGAUUAUUUGAUUUUAUUCAAAAUUAAUACUGAAAUAACUAAUUGUGUUUGGUUAGUGUCGAAGAGUGAUUUAUGAUUUAAUUUUGAUAAAAAUAAAUAAACAAAAGAUGGGUCGAAUUGUAACAGUCGCCGUAAGUACUUUGAACCAGUGGUCGAUGGAUUUUGACGGUAACUUACGUCGAAUAUUAGAAAGCAUUGAAAAAGCUAAAUUGGCUGGUGCCAAAUUUCGCAGUGGACCUGAAUUAGAAAUAACAGGAUACAAUUGCGAGGAUCAUUUUUUUGAAAGUGAUACUCGGUAUCACAGUUGGCAAGUAUUGGCGACACUAUUGUCGUCGAGUGUUUGCAAAGAUAUUAUUGUCGAUGUUGGAAUGCCAGUGAUGCAUAAAAAUGUAACAUAUAAUUGCCGUAUUGCAUUUUUGAAUUCACGUAUUUUAUUGAUACGCCCAAAAAUGCAAAUGUGUGACACUAUGAUGUAUCGUGAGAGCAGAUGGUUUUCUCCAUGGACCAAAGAACGAACUGUUGAAGAUUACUUUCUACCUCUUAUAAUAACUCAAAUUACCGGUCAAACAGUCGUACCGAUAGGUGACGCCGUGAUAUCGACACGUGACACGUGUAUCGGGUUUGAAAUAUGCGAAGAGCUAUGGCAUCCGGCGUCAAAUCACAUCAAUAUGUCACUAGACGGCGUUGAAAUAAUAUCUAAUUCCAGUGGUUCUGUUUUUAUAAUACGUAAAGCCUAUAUAAUAACCGAUCGUGUUAAAUCGGCAACCGCAAAAUCUGGUGGCGUGUAUAUGUACAGCAAUUUACGUGGCUGUGAUGGUGGCCGCAUGUUUUUCAAUGGCUCGUCAUCGAUUUCUAUGAACGGGGAAAUUAUAAGCGCAGGUAAACAAUUUUCGCUCGCUGAAGUCGAAGUUACUGUCGCAACAAUCGAUCUUGAGGAUAUAAGAACCUACAGAAACAAUAUUCGCUCCCGUACACAUUCGGCCGCCCGCAGCAGUCCGUAUCCAAGAGUUAAAAUAGACUUUUCAUUGUCAGCCGAUGAAGUUGUUUUCAAACUGACCAACGAACCAAUGGAGUUUGGAACCGGGAAUAAAAGUCUCGAGGACAAUUUCAAGUUUCAUUCCGCUGAUGAAGAAAUUUCAAUGGCGCCCGCGUGCUGGAUGUGGGAUUAUUUGAGACGUUCUUGCCAGGGAGGAUUUUUUUUACCUCUCAGUGGUGGCGUUGAUUCGUCAUCGACUGCUUGCUUAGUUUAUUCCAUGUGUAAUAUGAUUGUUGACGCUAUCGAAAAUGGAGACAAUCAAGUUCUGGCAGAUGUACAGAAAAUAGUCGGCGACUAUGAAUACGUACCCAAAGAUCCAAAGCAACUCUGCAACACCUUAUUGGUCACGUGUUACAUGGGUACGGAAAAUUCCAGCGCCGAAACAAAAGUCCGUGCCAGUGAAUUAGCCGCCCAAAUAGGAUCGUAUCAUCACAACAUAGUAAUCGAUGCCGCAGUUUCUGCGGUCCUUGGAAUAUUCCAACAGAUUUCAAAGCUGACCCCCCGAUUCCGAGUCCAUGGCGGCUCGCCCAGAGAAAAUUUGGCCUUGCAAAAUGUUCAGGCACGUUUGCGUAUGGUGAUAUCGUAUUUGCUGGCCCAGUUGAUGCUCUGGGUACGCGGGCGACCUGGUGGUCUGCUCGUCCUAGGCUCCAGCAAUGUCGAUGAAUCACUCAGAGGUUAUUUCACAAAAUACGACUGCAGUAGCGCGGACAUUAAUCCCAUUGGUGGAAUUUCCAAAGAAGAUUUAAAAAAGUUCAUAGUGUACUUUGGUAAAAAAUAUAAUUUAACGGCUUUGGAGGGAAUUAUCAAGGCCCCAGCUACUGCUGAGCUCGAGCCACUGAUGGAUGGACAGCUGGCACAACUUGAUGAGAUUGAUAUGGGCAUGACCUACUCGGAGCUGUCGACUUAUGGAAAAUUGAGAAAAAUCCAUUGCGCUGGUCCAUUUUCGAUGUUUUGCAAAUUGGUUCCACUUUGGAACAAUUGUACACCUAAAGAAGUUGCUGAUAAGGUUAAACAUUUUUAUCGUUGCUACGCAAUAAAUCGUCACAAAAUGACAAUACUGACGCCAUCUUGUCACAUCGAAUCUUAUUCGCCGGACGACAACCGUUACGAUCAUCGUCCAUUUCUUUACAAUCACACAUGGAAAUGGCAAUUUGACGCCAUUGACAAACAAGUAUUAUAAAUUUAUAAAUUAUUGUUAAUAAUCACUUAUAUAUAUAUAUAUAU